UACGCAAAUGUAACGCCAGGAUACGAUUCUAGCGAAAAAGACGCGACCAGAAGCAGAUUCCUUAACCAUCAUUAUAAAAUCCGCCAUAAUAUAAUGAAGUGGAGACCAAAUUUAGAAAACCAACCGGCUUUUGAAAUAUUUUCAAUACUACCACCAAUAGCACCGCUGCCACUAUUACCAAUAACGCCAAUACCACCAUUGAUCGGGUCUAAAUUAUUGGGCGAGGACAGCAGCUCGGAGGAGGACACGACCUCGACCCCUGGAAGCGCACCAGCCGUGGGUGCGUCGGUCGGCGUGGUUUCAUCCGUCUCUUCAUCAACGAAUACUGCCGGUGGAAAACCUGUCACCAUCACCAGAGGAUUCAUGGUCCAGAACGUUAAUGGAAAGGUAAAGGAAACUUCCUGGGAUGAUUCUCCGGGAAAGAAGAAUGACGACGACACACGAAUGGGUGACAACGGCUUCGGCUCAAUCUACAGUUAGAACAAUAACUCAAACAAAAAUAUCUUGUAAAGUUGUUACUAUGACCUCCCUUGUAGUAUCUUUGCUAUCUUUAUCUUAGCUACGUCAGUAUUAAGGCUGAGAAUCUUUAAAAAAACACAAGCAAUUACAAAAAAACAUGUUAUUAUGUUACACAUUUUCUACUUUCUUAUGUUUCCUGCAUAAUUUUAGUUUUCACGUUCAACCCUAGCUCACAUAAUCCCUAUUUCGUUUUCGACGAAAUGUUCAUACACUUUAUCUUUUGCGUAAUCGUUUCUAUCAUAGGUACUUUAUAAUUUCUUUUUCAUUCGUCUGGUUUUCAUCAACCACAUCAUCUUCAUAAUAGGUACAUCAAUUUUGCUUUGGUGAUGUCUAUUCUUCAGCAAUCCAGGCUCCUUCCGCAUUACAUCAUUAACUUUUGGCCUUUACAUUUAUUUGUGUAUACAAAUGUAUUUUUUAUAAAAAAAUAAUAAAUACAUUCAAUCAAUAUUAUUCAAUUUAGAUGUUCUACCUUUUUUUUCUUUUUAUGUGCAAGUGCACAUAUUCAAUGAUCACACCUACUUCUCGGUGAGAUAGGCAGAUUGAGACCUUGGAAUUUUACUUGUUACGAUCCUGACAAACUACUUUAUGAAGUAUUUUAGAAUUAUCUUUGGCAAUAUUUCUUUCAUACUUACCGCCAUACCAAUACAAAAUAAACAAGUGGUGAACGUGUGUACCUUUAAGUACCUGUAUUUGACAGCCAAGCAAAAUUGGACUGUUGGUGAAAAUUAAGUGCUGUGAAAUAAAGUAUAUUUGAUUUGA